AUGGCACAAAACAAAGGAUCCAAUCAACUCAUUCAGCAGUUACUCAAAGCUGAAGAAGAGGCUGAUCUCGUGAUUAAAAAAGCGAAAGAUGUGCGCGCCAAGAUGCUGAAAGAAGCCGAGACGACAGCCACGGAAGAAUUGAAAAUUUUCCGAGCCAAGGAAAAGGAACGUCUAAAUAAGGGGCACAAGGAGAAAACCACCGCCGAAGACGAAGCAGUAACCCUAAUUGAACAAAAUACCAAGGAAGAAAUAAAAAAAUAUAAGGAACUCUUUAAAAAGAACAAAGAACAAGUAGCUCAGUUCGUUUUCGAUAAAGUAUUCAAUGUAGAUUUGACUAUUCCAGACUGCACCCAGAAGUCGCUUUAG